AUGAGUGCCAAACGGGGUAGUAGUAACAGUAAUAAGACAAUUACAGUUACAUGCAGUAUUUGCAUGGAACAAUAUAAGGAAUCGGAUACUAUAUACACAGGCAGCUGUGGUCACGUCUUCCAUAAGGACUGUCUGGAGCGCUGGCGUAAGCAAUCCCCUUUGUGCCCCAUUUGUCGCAAAGAAGCCGCUAACUUUUUUCAAAUAUAUUUAAGUUUUGAGGAAUUAAGCGACAGUAGCAAAACGCUGCUUCCAAGUGUCGAAUUCGAAAACUUGUUAUACGAGCGUCAGUUGUUUCGCGAUGAAAUUAAAUAUUUAAACAAUCGCAUCGAUGAACUUAGAUCUAGUCAAGAGCCGGCAUCGGGCAGCAGCGACAGUAGCACUGAUCUUGACAGACUUCUUGCAGAAAUUGUUUUGUCCGAGACUGACUAG